AGUAGUAGGAGAAGUAGAGGUGUGCGGGUGGUAAGGCCGGCUCUUCAAUUUACCUUACUUAUUUACGGCUUUAUGGUACGAAAAUGUUGGCAGAUUUGGCCUAACGUGUAGCUACCGUCUAUCUCCUCUACCCAGCUACCUGUAUCUGCCUGUGUGUGCGUGCAAACCCAGCAUUUUACCAGCAGCCUGCACACUGCAGUCUUCGUAUACUUCUCGCAGCCAUCGUGCACAUUUCUUUUACGAUUUUUCACCAUCUCUCCAUUCUGCUGCUGCGGCCCAACAAACGGUUUUAUAUCGCUAAGGAAAAACGUGCAGUUAUCGCUUUGUGUACCUAGUCUGUCGGGAAAAUCGGUGUUGCGGCGUUAUACCUACAAAGUGUACCUAUCGAUUUGGAUUUUGUUUAAUUUUUCGCUGUUUCGAGUUGCGCUUUUUCGGUCGUUACGUUGUUUUUUUUAAUUUUCAUUUUUCCAGUGGUGAUGCACGAUUUAUCGUAUACGAAGAGUACUCGUAUAAGAUUUUAGUGAACUCGUCUCUCGGGUGUUUUUUCGUCAUCUUUGAGAAGUAAAAUCGUAUACCUAGUUUCGAAUACGAAUGAAUCGUAUGAUCGCCUCGGUCGCUGAACUUUGAUUAAGACUUGAGUUCGAGUGUAAUUGUGUUCGAUUUUUUUUGUUGUUUUUUUUUGGUUCUUGUCACCGGAUUUUUACGUUUAAAUAAGAUCAAAAUGCAUCUAACAAUUAGUAAAUUAAGGUGGAACCUGUCAUGUUCAGUCGGGUUAUUUCUCAUACAGUUAAUUAAAUUAAUGGCUCAAGAUAUAACUACAGAUUUAGCCGAAAGUGUUGCUAGUCAAACUGAAUUUUACACAGUGGCCGUAAACCAAGACGAAGAAAGCCCUCACGACGUGUUAAAUACCAGCGAAACCAAAGAAUCAUAUGUACCAGAAGAUAGGGAACACAGUCCGGUGGCUUUCGUAGGCGAUACGUAUGUUCCUGUGACGACGCAGCUCAGGUCGAGGCCCAUAUCGACGGCAGAUCAGCCAGCCAUCGAUUGGAGAUUGCAGACUUUUGAAGGUUGGGGUGACGCUAGAAGGCAAGGAUACAAUAAUACCAGAGUUCAACAUAUUGAAGCCGAAUGUCAAGAUGACUAUAUGAAGAUACGUAUCGGAUUCAACGGAUCGUUUGGAGGAUUGCUGUAUUCCUCCGGUUACUCCUAUGAUCCAGAUUGUGUUUAUAUCAACGGCACCGGAAGUGGAAGAGAUUAUUAUGAAUUUUUCAUACAACUUAAUCGAUGCGGUACGUUGGGGAAAAACUCCAGGCAAGAAGAUGCUCGAAAGAAUCCAGCGAAAAACUUGAUGUGGAAUACGGUAACCGUUCAGUACAAUCCAUUAAUUGAAGAAGAAUGGGAUGAGCAUUUCAAAGUAACCUGCGAAUACGGUUAUGAUUUUUGGAAGACGGUGACAUUUCCUUUUCUCGACGUAGAAAUUGCCACGGGCAAUCCAGUAGUGUUCACUUUAUCGCCACCAGAAUGUUAUAUGGAAAUAAGACACGGAUAUGUUCCAACUGGAAACAGAGUCGUCGGUCCUGUAAGAGUUGGAGAUCCAUUGACGUUGAUUAUUUACAUGAGAAGCAAAUAUGAUGGAUUUGAUAUUGUAGUAAAUGACUGUUACGCGCAUAAUGGAGCCAACAAAAGAAUUCAACUUAUCGAUCAAUACGGCUGUCCAGUCGACGAUAAAUUGAUCAGCAGAUUCAGAGGAUCAUGGAGUGAGGCCGGAGUAUUCGAGACCCAAGUAUACGCUUACAUGAAAACAUUCAGAUUUACCGGUUCGCCGGCUCUAUACAUAGAAUGCGAUGUACGAAUGUGUCACGGGCGAUGUCCGAGUCAACCGUGCCACUGGAGGAAUGCUAAGAAUCUACCAUUAACUUCCGGUAUAAAGAAAAGAGAAGCCAUUGAAGAUGAAGCUGUAUCGCAAACACCUGCUAUAUCUCAAAACAUCAAUUUACAUCAAUCAUUGAAAGUAUUACAACCCGGCGAACCAGGCUACGACAAUGAAACCAUUCCUCAUGCGAGCGCUUACACGAAUACAAAUUCUGUAUGCAUCAGACAAGGUCUGCUGGCCGCCGUCUCGUCUCUAGGCUGUAUAAUAUUGUGUUCGCUGACGUUAGCAUUAACGGUGAUGUGUUACAGAGCCAGAUACAGCCAUUCGGUUCAGCAUCGCUUUUUCUCAAACGGUGAAAAGCAAUUUAAAUAAUAAAACUGUGGCCCCUUCUCCCCCCUCAUCCCCCUCGUAUUGUAUCUCCGUGCAUUAGCGUGUACGUCGCUCUUUUAUUAAAUACAAAAUGGAGGGAUCAGAGAUAAAAAGUAAAGAAAAACGCCCGCAGAAAGAUACCUAUAUCCGGAGAUCCGGCAUCACCUCUGUGUGUUGGGUUUUUCCGAGACGCUUUAUCUUUCUACCGGCGUUUUGGAUAUUUUUAUUGUAAAUUUCUCUCUAGUCUCUCCACUGGUAAAAAAAAAUCUCACUUUAGAAUUAUCGAAUAAUUUUAUUUAUUUUUCGAACGAAUGAGUGUACGCGAGCGUGAGUGAGUGAAUGUGUGAAUGUGUGUGUGAGAUUGAAUUGUCGUUUAUACAUAAGAGUAUUUAAUACGUGUCUCGUCUUAUCAUCUUAUUUUAUAGGUAUAAUUUCGUGCAUUUUUUUCCAAUUAUUUAUUUUUUCUUUUUUGUAUUUUGCUAUGUAUACUGCGAAUUUUAACUAUGUACCAGAGAAUCGUGUAUUGCGGGGCGAGGCCGUGUAAAUUCGACGCGUAAAAUCAAAACCAACCCAGGUUGGUACCUCGAUACACCUUUUUCAGCGAGUCGAGAUUUCACGUGGUCGCGACUUACGAUAUAUUUAUCUGCGUUUCAAGUGAGAGAAAGGGGGAACCGCGGAGUCCACUGUUGAUAGAGGCACCUUUACCAUGAAAAUUUUAGCGUACUCGACUCCGAGAGUCCUGCUCAAAUAUGCAUUUUUUUUUAUCGCGACGUCGCGAAUUCUCGGCUCGAUUGUCUUUAUUUUCUAAGUAUUUCCUUUUUUUGGAGCCCUUUAAUAAGGAUAAAAAGUCAACCAAAGAUCGAGAGAUGAUUUUUUUUAUUCUUUACCCGAGUCGAGGCGAUGUCGUAAAUAGGUUAGUGCCAAGAAAAUUUCACGUCGUUUCUUCGCGGACUCAUUUGACCUUUUUCUCUUUUUAUCAGUCUCGAUGAUCCUGGUUUUCUGUUUAUAUGAGGGUUCGAGAGAGAGUUAUGUGUGUUUAGGUUAUAUCUAUUAUUAUACUUUUCCUCCUCAUUGUUUAUGAAUUUAUUUUCUUACGUGUUGUGUCGAUUUAUUUAAUCUCCUUCAUAUUUUUUUUUAAAAAAAAAGCCCAACAUUCGCGACGAUUUUUUUUUAUAUUUACCUAUGUUACCGUUAGGCGUUAAUGCUGAUUUUCAGUUAAAGUCGACUUAAUCAACUGACACUCUUUAGUCAAAAUAGAUUUUGUUUUUCGAAAAACUACCUAGAAUUCAAAAGUUCAAAUAGCCCUACCGAUUUAGCAAUGGCCUCAUUGAAGUCUCAUCUUGAGCAUAAUUUCAUACAUUAUCAUCCAAAAUUCUUAUUUUCUUUUUCAAAAAUCUGCCCAAGAAGUCCAUUUUCUUAAAUAAUGACACAAUCAUGUGCUUAAUUUUUUUUUUUAAAUAUUAAUGUGUUCUUUUUUUGGCCUACUCCACAUUAACUGAUUUUAUACAUAUAAGUACUUUAGAGUCGAGUUUGACUGAAAAAUCAUCGUGAACGGUAACAUGUAUUAAUAAUGAUGUUUUGAUGGUACAAAAGUAGGUUUUCUAUCGCCUUCAUUUUGUAUAGUGCCAAAAUGUAUCCAAUCCGCAAUACAUAAUAGAAUCGAGAUUUCUGUAUAUUUUACCAAAGAAUAUCGACACACGUUUUCAAUGUAUUUAUAUUUUGUGGCAUAUGUAAUUUUUACUUUUUUCCUCCUUUUUAUAUUUCAUUUCGUUUUAUUUUUUUCUCUUUUUUUUGCCCUUUUUUUUUUAUUAGUAUCAUUUUAUUAAACUAUAACUGAGCAUUUUUAUUAUAUUGAUAAGUUGGAAGUUUUAUUUUAACAAUGGAAAUACUAUUAUAUUGUGUUGUGCGCAGUGAUGUAUAAGAAUGUACAACCUUUUAUUAAAAUGAUUUAUC